AUGAAACGAAAGUCAAACAAGAGUAAAUCAGAGGCACAACCAACACAGGUGGAGCAUUGCAGUUUAUUAAGUGGGGAAUGUGACAUUGAAGACAGUGACAGUGUAGACUCGGAAGAUAGUGAUACUGCAGAGGCUUCUUCCGUGGAAGAACUGUAAGUAUUACUGUAGUUUUUGUAGGGCAGUUCAGCUACUCCGUCAGGUUUCAACUUCUUGCCAGUUAUGGGAUCGUGUGGGGGCGCACGUGCGUUUCGUCAUUACGUUUUCGCAGGCCCCCAAACGAUCCCACAACUCAGCGCGCGUCUACUCUCGCCCCAAUCUUCGACUCCUUUUGCAAGUGGGCUAUUGUCAUGUGAUGCUGGUCAGUGGAUGCCUUGUUUGACUGACGUCAUUGUCAAUUAAACAAGGACUCCGCUGACCAGUUUCGAUGACCAUAUCGCGGGCUCGAUCCUUAAUUUACUUAUAGCGGCAUUUUUCUGUCAGGGCUCAAACGUCUGUAAGCGAAGAAGAAGAGAACACAGAAGAGAACAGGUAAGCAUUAGUAUGUCUGUUUAGAUACCAGUACUGAAAACAAAGUUACUUUCACAAACAAAACAACAAUCAGAAUCAGGCAAGUUGUGAAAUGCAUGCAGUUUUAAAACUUCGGACUGUUUUGGUAAGACGCAUGGCAAAUAUCAAACUUUUCAUGCUAGAAUUGUGUAGAUUUGUUAUGUCCAAUUUACUUGAUUCUGGAAAUAGCUAUUGCCAAUAGGGUUACAUUAUUUUGUUUCAUUCCACAGGAACAAAAGUGAAUUAUCCAAAGCCCAGAUCAUCAAGUAUUACUUUAACAGACAAUCUUUACCGUGUCUGCCGACUAGUCUUCUCGAUAAAUCUUCCUCUAAUAACUCAGUCGUGGCUCUACUUCUCAACGCUGAACAGUGUUACAAAGAGUUUAUAGCGACGUCAAAUCCUGUUCGAGUCAAGCACAACGUUAGAUUUUUAAUAAAUCUUGACGAACUUAACGACUGUGAAGACUUACUCUCUGACGAUCUUGGCUCCUGGAAUCAAACAAAGACAAAGAAGAAAUGGUACGAAACGAGAUGUGAUAUAAACGGCAAAGUUCAGAAAGUAGUUAAAGUGGGUGACAACUCCCCUGAUGCAUUUGUAGUGUGCCGCCGUCCAUUUGUCAAUGCGAGUGACAGGUCUCUGCACAAGACGAUAGUUGACAUUACCCAUCCAGAUGGAAAGCACCACAACAUCGUUUUCGUAAAAUAUGAAUUCGUUAAUGCUCCAGAGCAUGAAGUGAAAGUUAAGCACCAUGGCAACGCGAAAUCGUGCAGUAUCCCUUAUCUAAGAACCUAUAAGAGCACGCCAGAAGACACUAAAAAAAAAAAUGCAAACCAAAAAGGUAAAGGCUUAAAGAGAGCUAUUCACGAAGUAGAAAUGGAAGUGGGAGACAUAGCCAACUGUAAUUCCGUUGGGGCUUUGCCAAGGAAUGAACGUCAGGCAAAAUAUCUGAAAAAAAAAAAACAGUAAAGGGCGUAUUGCCGAUCCAAUUUUCGAGAUCACGGAAAAGAUGAAAACCGAAGAUAAGAAAUUUACCAGAGGAUACAGCCUGGACGAUGAGUCGCCUAAAGUUAUCCUGUUUAUGGAUGAACAGGUUGAAGACAUUGUAAACUUCUGCUGUAAUGAGGUCCACGGGCACACCUCUUUGCUGUACGUAGAGGCGUGACGUUUCAACUGGGACCUUUCUUUGUUUUGGUGACAACCUACCGAAACACGACACUUUUCAUUUAAACGCAGUAAUCCACCAACGUGUCCAGUAAUGCUUGGUCCGGUAAUGCUGUGUAUGUUGAAAGACAAGGCUACCUACCUGACUUUGUUUCAAAAAUCUCCGCCCAAGUACCAGGUUUGCAAGUAAACCUUAAGGGGUAUUGCACUGAUUCAGAGGAAGGCGCUGCGUCAAGCACUAGCCCAGGUGUUUCCCAACUCCGCAUCAUUGCUUUGCAAAGUACACGCACAGAAAAACAUUGAGGAAAAAUGUCGGAAACUUCGGUUUUCCCAGUCGCUGACGAAUGAGAUAGUUCAUGACAUUUUUGGCAGUGGGGGUCUAGUAUACGCCGACUCCCUACGAGGAGUACAACCAAAAGUUAAACUCGUUGACCGAAAAAAAUGGGACCGCAAGGAAUUCAAGGACUCACGGAGGAACUCGUUUUCAAAAUAUUUCAGACGCUACAAGGCAGAGGAGAUUUGGAACCACGUUACAGCGAAAAGCAUCAAAAAUGCGGGUUUUGAGGACGAAGUACAAGCCAACAACAUUUCAGAGUCAGCAAAUGCUUUUCUCAAACGAUGGCAAGACUUCCAAGCCACAGACAUGGCCAGUUUUAUCGAGGAUUGUAGGGGCCUCAUCACCAAACAGCGACGUGAUGUUCAACGGGCAUUGCUGGGGCUUUCAAGCCCGUAUAUACUGAGGCCUGAGUACCAAGGCUCCGUAAAAGGAACUGAUACCUUUUUGACCAACAACCUGGUGAUCGCGAUAACGCCACUAACAAUUUAA